UGUCAUUUGAUUGGCUUAUUACCGUAAAGCUGCCAUUAACCCUUCUCCUUGCGUUGUGGAUCUUUUGUGAUAAGAAUAACAAAAUAGCCUUUUAUUAUCGUAGAUACUGUCACAUUUAGCAAUUAGCACCUCCUUGUCUUAUGAAGGUCUUUUGUAUUCCUGUAGAUAGUAUUAUGAUCUGCUGCAUCCUUUGUCUGUUUGAAAAGUAGUCACUGAGUAUUAUGAUCCAUCAUUUAGAAAGUGAUGCCUUUUUUGACAAUGGUGGAUUGGGCUAGGAUAUCCUUAGUCCUCGGAUUACCCAUCUUUGGGAUAAACUUCGUUAUAACUUGAUGGAUAAUUUAUAACUUCGUUAGCUUAUGGAUGCUGAAGUGGUGUUUGAAUGACCAUAAUUGUAUCUAAUUUUGUUGAUUUACAGGAUUUUGAAGUGAACUUUUUCGUACUUCUGGCCUUUUUGUUAUGUCUUUAAUCAAUUUCAUUAGUUGAUUCCUUCAUGUCACUUCUUAAUAAAUGAUAUUAGGAUGAAUCAGUUGAUAUUUCUAAUGUGAUCACUUGAUUCCUAUUAGUAGAGAAAUUCAGAAAUGUGAUUGUCAGAUUGCAUUGUUGGGUGAAUAAGCAUUAACAGUAAUUCCUGCAGUAUUAGCUAUGUACAUGUAUUGUGAAAUUGUCUACCAGUAGGGAAUGAAGAAAUAGGUGAAAGAAGAAUAGUUACUGACAAGGAAAGAAAAGAGGAAGAAGAAUAGACUGAGAAAAGAGAAUCCACUUAGUGGCAGAGAGAUAUGUAUGCUAAGGUUCGGAGGAAUGAGAAAGAAAAAAACCACGGUUAAACGUAGACCUGCAUCGCGACAAUGCAGGCCGGCUCUGUACCCAUCGCAGUCUUACCAUGUGGCGAUUCCCAGGAAGAAGAUAGAUCAACUGAAUAAAUAUUGUUCCAAAUCUUUGGAGAAGGAAGAGGACUAUCAUGAGGCAACCUGUUCUAUUUGUAUGGAGUAUCCUCACAAUGCUAUUCUCCUACUUUGUUCUUCUCACAACAAGGGUUGUCGUCCCUACAUGUGCGCUACCAACCAUCGAUAUUCAAAUUGCUUUGACCGAUACAAAAAGGGUGAAAGUAAGUUCACGGAACUUCUAUGCCCACUUUGCCGGGGACAAGUGAAAAGUUGGACCGUGGAUGAACAAGUGCGUCAAUAUUUGAACAAUAAAGUGAGAAUUUGCAUGCAAGAUGACUGCUCAUUUGUGGGUACUUACAAGGAGCUUAGGCAACAUAUGAGAGCAGUUCACCCAUUAGUGGGACCCCGACAAGUGGACCCCGUGCAUGAACAAAACUGGAAGAAGAUGGAACAUGAGAGAGAGCACGAUGAUGUGAUAAGUACGAUCAGGUCAUCGAUGCCCGGUGCGGUGAUUGUGGGAGAUUACAUCAUAGAUAACCGUGGCCCGGUCCCUGGAUUCAUCUGGCGUGGUACGUAAUCUUAUCCCUAGGGAAUGUUUAACUUAAAAAAAAAUUAAUGCAGGAGCUUUCUAGAGAUCGAUCAUACCUAGUAGCCUGGAUGUGGAGUCCUGAAGAGAGGCUUUGACAUUUCUCAAUAUGCAUUUCAAUUUUUAGCCAUGAUAUUCUAAUCAAAAGAUUGAUCUAGCUGCUUCUUGUUUUUUUUUUUUUUUUGCUCUUUCUUCUAAUUCUUUCUUUGUUGGCAUUUAAAUAUGUUUGUUAUUCAUUCACGACCUUAUAUUACAUCCCUAAUAUGUUAGUUUGUUGGAUUUACAUAAUUGAUCUCAUCAUAGGGACAUGAAGAUUUAUUGGUGACAUAGCAAUUAAUAAUAGUAGAACUUUUAUCGUUCAUUUGGUAGCAAAUGAGUGUAAAUA